UGACCCAGGACUCGUGGCCGCUGCUGGCCAGCAUGGCGCUGCUGGCCCUGGCCGCGGCGCUGUGGCUGUGGGGGACCUCUAGGACGCCGUUGUCCUCUGCAUCAGCGGGGGGACCAGGUGGAGGGCACUUCCUCCACAGGGGCCCCCCUCCCGGGCCCCGUGGUCUCCCCUUCCUGGGGAACCUGCUGGAUCUGGGCCAGGACCACCUGCCCUCCCACCUGACGCGGCUGGCCCGGCGGUAUGGCCCCGUCUACACACUGACCUGCGGCAGCUCCACGCUGGUGGUUCUGAACAGCAGCAACGUCAUCAAGGAGGCGCUGGUGAGGAAGUGGUCCGACUUCGCUGGCCGGCCCGUUUCAUACACAGGCUCCCUGGUCUCCGGGGGGGGGCGCUCCAUCUCGCUGGGCGACUACAGCGAGGAGUGGAGGGUUCAGCGCCGCCUGGUGCACCAGACCCUGCAGCGCUACUCUCACAGCAGCCUGCAGGCCCUGGUGCAGAGACAGGCCCUGGCCCUCAGAGAGGUUCUGAUUGGGUACAACGGCCGUGCUGUCGAUCUCGCAGAGGAUUUCACCGUGGCAGCCAGUAACGUCAUCACAACGCUGACGUUUGAAAAAGAAUAUGGGAAGGAGUCUGAGGAACUGCAACAACUGCACAGCUGCCUCAACAACAUCGUGUCUCUCUGGGGAUCCCCGUGGAUAUCAGCUCUGGACUCCUUCCCCCUGCUCAGAAAAUUGCCAAAUCGUCCAUUCUCCCGUCUUCUGAAAGAGGUGGCGAGGAGAGAUGACAUCAUAGGAAGACACAUCAAGGAAUACAAACUGCGAGACAACCAAUCAGAGGACAGCAUCACCAGCUCUCUGCUCAAAGGCAUCGAACAAAGUAUUGGAUCUGAAGACAGUGUGCGGCUGACGGACACCCACCUCCACAUGGCCACGGUGGACCUGCUGAUCGGGGGCACGGAGACCACCGCCGCCUGGCUCAGCUGGACCCUGGCCUUCCUGCUGCACCGGCCCCAGGUGCAGACCCAGGUGUAUGAGGAGAUGUGUGGGGUGCUGGAGGGGCGGUACCCCCAGUACAGCGACAGGCCCCGCCUCCCGGUGCUGGGGGCGGUGAUCAGCGAGGUGCUGAGGCUCCGCCCCGUGGCCCCCCUCGCCGUCCCCCACCGCGCCCUCAGGGACAGCAGUAUUGCAGGGUACUUCAUCCCUAAGGACACGGUGAUCAUUCCCAACCUGUUCGGAGCUCACCACGACCCUUCUGUGUGGAGCGAGCCCAACAGCUUCAGACCAGAGCGCUUCCUGGAGGGGGGCGGCGGCCGUGCCCGCGACCUGCUGGCCUUCGGGGGCGGAGCCCGUCUGUGUCUGGGCGAGACGGUCGCCAGGACGGAGCUCUUCCUGUUCACCGCCUACCUGCUGCGGGACUUCCUGUUCCUCCCCGGGGGAGAGGGGGCGGGUCUACCGGACCUGGAGGGGGAAGCCAGCGUGGUGCUGAAGGUCAAGUCCUACAAGGUCAUCGCGGUGCCCCGCCCCCUGGAGACGGACCUCGCCGUGGGACCCCCUGACCAGCAGAGUGGCGACACUGCGCUAUAAUGAGGCUUCAUGGUCUUAAUCCUGGCUGUGAAGGUUGUUACGUCUAACCCUAGGGCCCGUAGGGAUCUCCCCGUGGGUAGGAAUCCGUAGGAAUCUCUCACUCAUGACGUUAUCAAUCUCAUGAUUUUAUCAUUCGUUUUUUUAUCAUUCGAGCGUAGCCUCGAAUGAUAAAAAAACGAAUGAUAAAAUCAGGAGUGAAGCAGACCUUAAAAAGGGAAACCACCCGAACAUUCACACUGUUAGUGGAAAUGAAACAAAAAGCUCUGCUUCCCUGAACAUAAGUUGUUGAUAUUAGUAUCGAUUAUUAUUUUGAAUUCCCUUGGAGAACCAUUUGUGUUGGGGUGAAGGCAGGGCCGUUGCUACAA